GCAGAGCAGCAAAAUGUCCAGUGGUUUAAUAGAAACGUAUGGCAUUAAAUCUGUGAAAGCAGCAUGCCUUGGAGCUGCUAUUAUUUGUGGUUCGGGUGUGAUAGUCGUUCAUUUGUACAAAUUGAGAAAAUGCAAUCAACUGGUAAAAGAAAAGAACAAGAAAGAAAAGCUUUUUAUCAAGCAAAUGUUAAUGGAACUAGAAGAUAAGGAUGAAAAUGAAAGAGAAAAAAUUUUAUCCAUGACCGCACAAGAACUAAUUAAUGCUGCAAAGAAAGGUGAAAUUGACCCUGUUACCAUUAUACAAAGUUAUAUAUACAAGGCAUGCUGCGACACUCAAACUUUUAACUCAGUAAGUGGGGUGAUAAGAGAUGCACAAGAACUUGCAAAAAAAUUGACUGUUUUACAAGAUUCUGACUCUAGUAGCAUGAAACUUUUUGGACUUCCCGUCAGUUUAAAGGAGUGUAUUGGAGUUAAGGGAAUGGAUUCUACAAUUGGUUACAGUAGCCUAAUCAACAAACCUGCUUUAGAAGACAGCGUCAUUGUAAAAGUCCUGAAAAGUUGUGGUGCUGUGCCAUUUGUAAAAACAAAUCUUGUACAGGGCAUGCUUAACUUUGAGAGCAGCAAUCCAAUCUUCGGGAAAACAGGAAACCCGAAAAAUGUGAACUACACACCAGGGGGGUCUUCUUCAGGUGCAGGGUCACUUGUAGGGUCCGGGGGUUCGGUGCUUGGGUUUGGUACUGAUAUUGCUGGAAGUAUACGGAACCCAGCUCAUCUGUGUGGAGUAUGUGGCUUAAAGCCAACUAUGCAAAGAUUGAGCAAAAUUGGACUUCAAGGUUCAUUACCAGGACAAAGCUGUUUAUCAUCUUGCGUUGGUCCUUUAGCACAAGAUGUUGACACCCUUGUACUGGCUAUGCAAGCAUUGUCAUGUCCUCUGAUGUCUCAACUGGAUAAAAAUAUUCCUCCGCUACCAUUUAAUGAUGAGCUGUUUCAAUCCAAAUUGAAAUUACGCAUUGGUUAUUACACAAAUGAUGGGUAUGCUGAACCCGUACCUGCUGUACAAAGAGCUGUACUUAUGACAAAGGAAAUUCUCGAGAAGGCUGGCCAUACAUUGGUUCCAUUUAAAGUGCCAAGAAUUGAAGACGCAAUGAGAAUAUUAUCUUCAGCAUUAUUUGCUGAUGGUGGCAAAACUUGUAUGGAAAACUUAAAGAAUGAUUUGGUUGAUCCCGUAAACCGCUAUUUGUACUGGAGGCUGUCGUGUCCAGCGUUUUUAAGACCAAUAGUCAAAUACGUUGUUGGAUGGGGGUCACCAAGAAUUGCAAAGGAUCUCAUGGUGUAUGGUGGGGGUGAUCGCUCUGUUUAUAGACUGUGGAAAAUUCAGGCUGAAACUGAGAAAUACAAGAAGGAAUUUUUUACACAAUGGCAGGAUUUAGAUUUAAGUGCAGUUAUAUGCCCCCCAUUUCCAAUUGCAGCUGCUCCUAUUGGUUCUGUUGAACACACAACAGCACUGACAAGUUACUGUGCAUUAUUCAACUUGCUUAACUGUCCUUGUGGUGUUAUUCCUGUCACCAAAGUCAGUCAGGCUGAUACAGAUAAACUGAAGGAUCACAAAGGCAAUUAUGGGGACAAGUGGGACAAUCAUAAUAAAAAGGUAAAUGAAAAUAGCACAGAUAUGCCAGUUGGUGUUCAGUUUGUCGGCCUCCCAUGGAUGGAUGAGAUCUGUCUUCGUUUGAUGAAGGAAGUUGAGACACAAAUCUUACUUCAGUAAUCAAAAAAAUCAUGUUACAGUAUAACUGUUUAAUUACCGGAAUCAUGUUAUAGUAUAGUUAGGUAAAAUAGGAUAUGUUCACUUUUUUUCAUCCAGUUUGGUAGUUACUACAUUAAUGAAACUAAAUCGCAUCACAGUAUAACUGUUUAAUUAACGUAAUCCUGUUGUUAUAGUAGGUUGGGGUAAAAUAGGACAUGUUUUCAUUCUUUUUUCAGUAUAAUUUGUAGGAAACAUGAGAGUAUUUACAGAAACAAAAACACAUAAAACUGUGAUUCUAAAAGAGCAUUGUUAAAUGUUUAAAGCAUGUUCAGGAAAUACGAGAUUUAGGUGCUAACUGUAUCCCAUCUUACCCCACAGUACUACUGUAUAUUGUAAAUAUACGUGCAGUACUACUACCAGUUAAAGAGGACUGUGAUUUUAAAAAAACGUUGUUGAAUGUUCGAAACAUGUUUAGGAAAUAUGGGAUUUAGGUGCUAACUUUAUCCCAUCUUACCCCACGGUACUAUUAUAUAUUGUUAAUAUACGUGCAGUACUAAGACGAUUAAAGUGUAAUAUAGUUAGCGCUACAGCAAUAAAAUAUCCGCAUG